AUGCUUUUCAUCUACGGUCUCAAGGAAAAGAUAUAUAUUCUGCGCCGUCCCACCUUUUUCGUAGUUAAGCUCACCGGGAGGUGUAAGAGCUUGCGCGACGGUCUCGAAAGUUCGGACUCGUCCUCAAGAUUUGUGAAGUCAUGCACGGAGAGAUGCACACACACAUUCAAUGUGAAUGUUGGAGUUGCGCUCGAAUCAACGGAGGGUUGA